AAAUAGUAUUGGUCAAACAAUAUUUCUGCAUUAAUUAGUUUUUUCAUAUUUAGCAAAAAAGAAUUAAUUAAAAAAUUCAUCCCUAUUCGACUUCACUUUCUCUCUCUGCCUGAAAAUUUUGAUCGGUUUCUGGUUUCUCGGCGAAAGAAGUAAAGUGGCCGACAAAUAGUGAUCUCGUGAAGGAAUCAGUGUGUACAGUGGAAGAAGAUGAUACAUUUGGCUGGAUUUACAUGUUGCUUAGGCGGCGUCGCUCUUUAUCUUCUUACCAGGAGCACAGGCAGAGAUAUCAAAUCAAUCACUAGGGUUUACCAACUCAAGGAUUUGGAACAAUUAGUAGAAGUAGAGAGCAAGGUGGUACCUUUGAUCAUCGCAGUAUCAGGAGAUGUUGGCUCUGAGACUCCUAUUAAGUGUGAGCAUAGUUAUGUUCUCGGUGUAUUUCUCAAGAGAACGGCAGAACAACAGGUUUUGAGACGUAAUUGGAGAUUUUCAUGGGUUCGAAAUAGUACAUUGAUGCAGCCGAUGACUAAGGAAGUCCCCUGGUAUCUGGACGACGGGACAGGUCGUGUGAAUGUAGAUGUAUCUCAAGGUGAAUUAGGCUUGGCGUUGACGGUUGGUAGUGAUGUAUUUGAAAAGGCAGAGCCGGUAUCGCUUGUUCAAGGAGCGUUGGGUUAUCUUAAAGGCUUUAAGAUACUUGGAGUAAGACACGUUGAGCGUGUUGUCCCAAUUGGUACACCGCUUACAGUUGUUGGUGAGGCUGUUAGGGAUGGCAUGGGGAAUGUCAGGAUUCAAAAACCUGAGCAAGGACCUUUCUACGUCACUUAUAUACCGCUAGAUCAGCUCAUCUCUAAAUUGGGAGAUUUGUCAAGGAGGUUCAAGUAUGCCUCCAUGGGUUUAACUGUUCUUGGUGUGAUUCUUAUUUCAAAGCCUGUGAUUGAAUAUAUUCUAAAGAGAAUUGAAGAUACUCUAGAAAGAAGGCGGCGACAAUUCGCACUGAAAAGAGUUGUUGAUGCAGCUGCUAGGAGAGCCAAACCAGUAACUGGAGGUAGUAAUAGUAUCUAUCCAUUAGAGUUUGUACUUUGUAGUAGUAACAUGUGAAUCCUUUUUCUGCAUACACUUGGAAUUGCUCUGCUUACAAAAACGUCUUACCAGGUGGUACAAGCAGAGAUGGUGAUACACCUGAUCUCUGUGUGGUUUGCCUUGACCAGAAGUAUAACACCGCUUUUGUUGAGUGUGGUCAUAUGUGCUGCUGCACACCAUGCUCCUUGCAACUAAGGACCUGUCCUCUUUGCCGGGAACGAAUACAACAAGUUUUGAAAAUUUACCGCCAUUGAAGGACAAAACUCAGAACGAUUUUUACAAGCGAACAAUUACUAGUCUUGUACAUAUAGUAAAGCCUUUGUAUCAUGAGUUUUUGACUAGAAAUUUUUUUGCAUUGAUAGAUUGUGAUUGAACAAAUGCUAAUAUAAAUUUCAAGCUUAGAUUUACAUUUAC